AUGCAGGAGAAAUACUUAGGUUCUAAUGAGUUGAGAUUGCAUGUUCCUUCUCAAUUUUCUUCUUAUAUCAAGAAAUCUAUUUGUAAAAGUUUCAGCGAGUUACGAGAGGGUUUCACCUGGAGAUAUAGGCAUGCAAUGAAACUGACAUUUCCUUUUGGAUGGACAAUUGGUGUGGGGAUUCAGGGAGGCCAUGCUGGCUAUCCCAUUAGCCCCUACUCUUCGUGUACAGACAAACUGAUUUGGAGUGGUGGUGCUGAUGGGGUUUACAGCACUAAAUCAGGUUACCAGUUGUUAACUUUGAAUUCUUCUACAGUAGAAAAUGUCAAUGUUGCUUGGGUUUAG